AUGCCUCCUGUAUCUCCGAUUGUCAACCCCUCGUUUCCUUUGCCCUUGUCAGCUCAAACGUCGCACAUCACGAGGAGGACGCGUAAGGUGGAUGGGAUGAGCCCGCGAGUGGCCCAGCUCUGCCUCGCUUUCGAGCCGGAAGGCAAUCAUCCUGGCGUGACACAGGAUCCCCUCCUCCUGAUCAACAAUGACCACUCUGUUCAUGUCUUCGCCGGCUCCGAGAACAUCAAGACAAGCGUUGAAGCCCAAGACGGGGACCAGGAAGCUGCGGGAUCGUGCUGGGCAGUGAAGAUUGACGAGCUUCGCAUCGAUGAGCUUGAUAGUUUGAUGGAGCAGGAGCUCUUCUAUCCCUUUCUCUCUCUGUCUGUCUUGAUGCAAGGAUGUGACGUUCCUGUCGACCAUGCGGCUGCUGCAGGACUGGAGUUGGACACUUCCGACUUGCCUCCUACUCGCCUGCUUCUUCCUCCCCAGAGAUCCACUGGCCCUCCUGUCCUCCUCUUUGACAUUGAUGAGGCUGGUUCCUGCUCCUCCCCUCGGGUCUCCGAGCAGUAUGCCUGGCUGGAGCACUUCGAGCUGCGAGCUAGUCAGCCCGACAUCAACCCCACAGACGGCGAGGAGCCGGACGAGCAUUUGCGCCUGCGCAUUCCACUGGAUGGUCAAGAUGUCACGAUCUUGGUCUCACUACGUGGGCUGAAUGGAGCAGGACGAGAGAUUGCCGUCGCCUCCGCCACGAUGGCGCUCGGACGGGAGCAGCACGUGCGUGAGUGGCUGCCGCUGGAAGUUUUCAGCUCGUCUCUUGCUCACGUGAAGAUGCGAGUCCAUGUGUGCGCGUCCUACUCGUCAGUAGCUGCGGGAUGGGAUGAAGGCGCGCGGGAGGAAGAAGAGGCAAGCUCCAAGGCGAUGCUGCGGACCAGCCUCGCAGCUCUGCUCCACGACAACACGAACCAAACAAGUCACGUGAAACGAAUCCUUUCCUUUGACGAACACGAGGACAAAGUCUUCCAGCUGACAGAAGCGUGUCAGGCGCUUCAGUCUCGUCACGAGACGAACUUACAACUGAUCGAGAGACUUUCGGAGGAGUUGAAGAGACACAAAUCCGACGAGGACAAGCGAGAGGGCGCGAGGCAGGAGCAGAAAGAAAAGUCGAAGCUUGAGGAAUACGUAAAGGAGCUUGAGAUGUCUCAGAAAGCUGCUGCGAUCAAGGAAAGAGAGACUCGAAUCGCCGCUGAAAAAGCUGAAAGGCUGCUCGCCAUGAACGAGGAGGCGCACAAGGGGCGAGCAACGUCGCUGCUCUUCGAGAAGUUUGUGAUCAAGCUGAUACACGCUGAGGAGAUGAGGAGGGUAAAGACCUGCGUGCGCGAGCACCAGGUGAUAUCUGUGAGCGGCUUCAAGGAGCGAGAGAGUUGGAAUCAAAACGACGCUCUCUCCACCGAUCUGGACAAGCUGAAGGAAGUCCAGGCGAGCUUGUUGGAGAGAUUGCAAGCAACAGAGGAAGAAUGUCAAAUCUCUGAGAUGGAGAUGCGAUCGAGGCUGGAGAAACAAUUUGCAAGAGAACUUUCUCGUGCUGUCAACGAGGCUGUCGUCAGUGCGUUGAGGCGAGGAAAACAAGAGGGGAAGGAAGAGGAGGACAGGAAACGAAGGCAGAUACAUUUGAUGGAGGAGUCUUCGCGCCUCUCCCGCCUUCGCUCGCUCCUCGACGAUCUGACCCGCUGCGCUGCCGACGCCGCUCUAGUGCAUGCAGACAUGCGGAGACAGCAUGACGAGAUGAAAGGGGAGGGUGACGUUGCCAGCACAAGGGCGGGUGAGCAGACAAGGACCCAGUUGAAAGCGGAGGAGGAGGGCGAGGUCGAUGAUGAAGAAGAGGAGGACGAAGAGGACGUGGGUGAAGAUGAUGAGGCAGGCGUGCGUCGACCUGGUCUUGUUGCCUCCCACAUGCACGCGGGAGGUUUUGACACGUUGUGA